UUUCACCGGCCUUUUUCCCACGGUCGCGACGCGGUGCCUCCCCACUUCUCCACCGCCUCUGCCGGCUCCCGCCUCCGCCUCCGUGCGGCUCCGUCGCUCCAUCGCCCCGGUCUCCCGCCGCCGCCUCCCGCCCGCCGUCUCCGGCCGCCGUAGGCCUUCGCAUUCUCAGCGGCCGAUCGCCGUAGAUAGAGCACGCAGCCGGAGCAGGGGCGCGCACGCGAGCGAGAGAACGCGCGGACACCCGCCCGCAGCUCCAUCUUUCGCGAUUCGAGGCGUAGUGGCUCUCCGGUUCUCCCCUCGAGAUCGAGCUCCAUCGCCGUCGACCGGGAGCAGGGGACUUCGCCAUCAUCGAGCAGGCCGGACGGAGUUCGCUUUCCUCCAUUUCUCAGAUUGUCGAACAUCUCGGUGGAUUGGCGAUUCUCGGUUUUGCUGCUUUCCAGGCACUCGCAGCUCGUUCAAUUCUGCUUCGCCCGCUUUGAUCGGCAGUCUGGUUCGUUGAACACUCGAUUGUGACUGAUAAUCGAUCGCUCCUCGCUAAGCAGGGGUCCAGUAAAAAAAUGGCAACUGGGAGCCUUCUACUAUCACAGCCGCUUCACCUCCUUCAUCUCCUCCUCUUCCUCCUCCUCCUCCUCGCCUUUAUGCUCCCGAAGACCAUCUCCGUGGCCACCGGUGACGACGGCACAGCUUCAUAUUAUGUACCUCCUUAUGAACGGACGGAGUGCUACGGCGAGGGCUCAUCGCAGUUCCCUGAGAGUAAUUUCUUCGCGGCUGUGGGUGACAAUCUCUGGGACCUGGGGGCAGCGUGCGGCAGGGAGUACGAAGUGCGGUGCAUCAGCAAGGCGCAGUCUGGCCCUGGACCCUGCAAACCCGGCUCCGACACCAUCCGGGUCAAGGUCGUCGAUUACGCCCUCUCGGUUAGCUCCUCCGCCGCCUCCCCCAAGCAGUCCGUAACUGGCGCUGAUUUGGUCCUGUCUCAGAUCGCUUUUGAAGCCAUUGCCAAUCCGUCCGUCGAUUCCAUCACCGUGGAGUUGAAGGAGGUCUGAUUUUUGGUGAUGGCUCAAGGCUUGAGACAGAGAGGCGAAAGGAAAUCAACAGAUGAUAAUGAUAUCAAAUAAAUUCAGACAUGGUUUAUCUGGAAUGCUGGUUGGUUGUGUUGCUUUUUCGUUUUUUCAAAUGUUUGGUGUUUUCAAAUUUAAGAGGAUGGACUCGGCCGGUCUCUUGAGGGUUGAGGGGAAAGACCGGAGGCUACAUCGGCCGCGCUUGAUCCUUGCAAAUAUGUUCACUCUGUCGCUGGUUUUAAGUUUCUACAAGAGGGAAGCCGUACCUGAUCCGCUUUGCCCCCCAUGUCGCCAAAUGCCCAAAACAGCAGUAACAUUUACUUCUCCUCUGCCCUUGGACGAAAGGGGUUUGGUCUGAUCAGAGGCUCCAGCGAAUGGUUCAAUUGCUGUUUGAAUCGAAGAGUCUCUUACCGACAAAAGAAGAGCUUGCUGGAAUCCUAUGGUCAAUCUGGAAUGCCCGAAAUGCCUAUAUUUUUCGAUCAAGACAGCCGCAAGCCACCAUGGUCGUAUGGAGUGUUGAAAUUGAUCUCGGAUGGCUCGUGGGUGGAAGGGACGAUGGAUGGAGCUGUUGCUGGAGUGUGUCGGUAUUUGAAUGGUGUUGUAGCGGACUGUUUCGUCAAAUCGGGUUGAGCUUCAUCGGUAAUUGAAGAUGAAACCCUGGCUUUGCAACAAACACUUGAAAGGGUAAAGACUCUUUGAUCUACACACAGAAACUGAUUUGCAGGUUGUUGGGGAGAGUGAUAACUCAUCACUCGUGCGCUACGUGAUGGGAUCUGAGCAGAGCCCAUGGGCCAUCCGACCUUGGAUUGAAGAUUGCAGAUUUUGGCUAGGCCAACUUAGAGGUGUCCGACUAGCCCAUCUUCUCAGAGACGCGAGUCAAGUCGUGGACUGGAUCGUGAAGGCUCAUCGCAAGAAAAUUCUCCAUGUAGUUGGCUUGCGAACCCUCUGAAUGCUCUUUUAUUUUUAUUAUGGUCGGAUGUUGCACAAACUUUGCUUUA